UAUUGACUUUGAGGGGUGAAUAGUUAUGCACGCUAAAGUUUUGUUUUUUUGUCUUAUUUGUUUCACAAUCAAAAAUAUUUUGCAUGUUGUGUAAAUCCUAUGAUACAAAUUUAAUUCCAGCAUGUAAGGCAACAAAAUAGGAAACAUUUCAAGGGAGUGAAUACUUUGGCAAGCCACUGUACCUUAAUACAAAUUACUCAAGUAAAACUCACCCGGUAAAAUACUAAGUAUUUACUUUUAAAUGGACUUUUGCUACUUAAGUAUAAACAUAAACCACUUCAAAUGUCUUAUAUUAAUUAAACGGCACAAUUGUAUUUUUAUUGACGGAUAGCCAAGGGCACACUCAAACACUCAGACAUAAAUUACAAACUAAGUAUGUGUUUAGUGACUCAGUAGGGAUGACCAGGGAUGUUCUCUUGAUAAGUGUGUGAAUGACAAUUCUCCUUUUCUUUUGUGUGUCAAGGAAAAUGUAUGGAGCAAAAAGUACAUUAUUCUCUUUAGGAAUGUAGUAAAGUAAAAGUAGGCCAAAAUAUAAAUAGUAAAGUACAGAUACCCCCAAAAACUACUUAAGCAGUACUUUAAAGUAUUUUUACUUAGGUACUUUACACCACUGUGUGCUGGUCAUAUAUAAGGACGGUGCCUCAGUUGGUAGAGUAUGGUGCUUGCAAUGCCAGGGUUGUUGGUUUGAUUCCCACGGGGACCAAUACGAAAACAGUACACAAAUGUGUGCUUUCACUUUGUAAGUCACUCUGGAUAAGAGCGUGUUCUAAAUGACAAAAAUGUAAAUAUAAUACAUCAACAGGCAUGGGCGGCCCCUCACUUCGGCUCGCUCCCUGUUGUGGUGGAGCAGUGCACAUUUGUUCUCACUUCAGGUGUAGCAUGUUCCUGGUUACCUCAACUCAGGUGGAUCUGCUAUAACCCUGGGUGGUUUCCCAGAUAUGGGAGCUGUUCGGCAAUGCCGACAUAGAUCUUUGCGAAUUGUCUUUUUUUUCUGCAUGAGGGACCCAAGUGCCCCGUUGGGAACGGACUCUGGCGGACCAGUGGCCUUUGACCUUCCUUUAUGCAUUUUCACCAGUGGUUCUGAUUCAGCCCACGUUGGCGAGGGAGCGCCGGGAGGGUUUAUCAUUGAUUCUUGGGGCUCUCCGUUGGCCCAGGCUGCCUUGGUUCGGGGAGAUCAUUUACCCUUUAGGGCGGGGACCCUGGCAACUCCCGUUGGUCUGGGUGGGGGACAAGUUACUUGAGCUUUCGGACAAGUAAAUAAAUCUGUCCUACUUGUGGCUAAAAAAGUUAAUGUCAAGCCCUGAAAGCGGUAUUCAAUUGAAGGAAUUAAUCCUGUGGAAGACGGCGUGUCCAGCGAGGCGUGGAUUUCAUUGACCUUGCCAGGCGUGAUUGUAGAUCAACCGAAGUUGCAAGGGUGCGACUCCCCAUAGUAUGUUGUACCUUGUUUCCCUCCUUCCGGGAACAUUAGUUAUAACGUUACGUUUUCUCUGCAAUGUUUGGGAAGUAUUUUGUAACCACUUCUUGCAGGUUGGCUGGAGGCUAAUAGAGGGGACUGGGUGAACAUCUUGGAUUCCCAGACCCAGACCGGUGCCACCAAGGGCCCAGGGGACAUCAUCACUGAGCAGGCCAGGACCAGAGGUGACAUAGUGGAGGUCUGUGGAUGGGACAGUGUCCUCAACUCUGGCCUGGGGAACAACACUGUUAAUCACAACCAGAAACAGACAAUGGAACACAAAACAACAACUGAACUGAGACCAGGACUGGCUGAGACCAGGGCAAGGCGUAGAAUUGGUCUGCGGGGACUGGGAGGUGUCCGUAUGCGGCUGAAAAGAACAGACACAGACUCUGCUAGCGAUGCUCCGUCCUGCUCCUAUAGUUGUGAUUCAGAGAGACUGAUGGCGCCUCAGGUUAACCCUCCAACAGGUGCUUCCUUCAGCCUGCCUUCUAUAGGAUCUAUCAACUGGAAUAUGGACCCUGCGACAACACAGACACUUCCUGGCCUUCAUCCUCCUCACACUCUCCUAAUGUUAAACCAGACCUCAGACAAUGCCAGUUCCUCAACACUAAAUGGCUACACAAGCUCAUUGACAAAUGAAAAUAGUAGAGAUGGAAUCAGUAAAGGUGGCAGCGCUAAAGAGAAGCGCUUCCCGUGUUUGUUCUGUGGGAUAUCCUUCAGUUUCCCCAAACAGGUGGAGAUCCACCAGAGGAUACACAUUGGGGAGAAAGCGUUCAGCUGCCACCUAUGCCCAGCCAUUUUCUCCCGAUCGUCCAACCUGAAGAGGCACCAGAGGGUCCACACAGGGGAGAAACCCUACAGCUGUCCCCAGUGUGCAAAGAGGUUCUCCCACCACCACAAUAUGAAGGUGCACCUGAAGGUCCACACAGGAGAAGCAGUUUCCCUAUAUGCACAGCAGGAGUAGCCUUAUCUGACAAAGUUGUCAAUAGGGAGAAAUCGUAUCAUUUGAGAUACGUAGGGGAUGUCUGGAAACUGUUAUUUAGAUUAAAUAUAGUUAUCAUGAGGUAAGAGAGUAAUUAACCACAUACCCCUCAUUAACCCUUUGUUAACUUGUCAUUUGAAACAGGCUUGUGUAAAUGCCUGUUUUUAGAGAGACAGUAAACCUAGAUGGGGGGAAUGCAUCGAUAAGUAUGUGCGCAAAUACAUGCUAGCUGUUCCCGUAAACGUCCAGUCAUUGAGCCAACAACUCAAAAAAAAAGCUUGUCUCUGCAAAAAUAUAAAAACAAAUGUACAUAUCUUUUGCGGAGAUGGCUAAAUUAAUAUAGAGGAAAAACUGAAUUCCCCUUCCCACAAUGGCACCACGUUCAGGAAGUGUCAUCAUUUGUUGUUGGGGGGAAAAAAUGGUGUAAAGGUUCCACCCAAAGUUCCAUCCUGUUAGGAUUAUGCAGUUGGCAAAUAAGACUAAUGUCAAUAUUUAUUUAUCUUUGAAUAUAUUUUAUGUAUAUUUAGAUACAUUUGUUACUAAUUACAGUUACAUAGCAUCAUGUAAGUAAUUGUCAUGAAAUGAAAUGUGAAUAAAUAAUUGUAAUUAGUAAUGUAAUUGACUAGCAACAAUAUAUAAUCUAUUUUCAUGUUUUACAAACUCCGGUUGACAAUGUUAAAAAAAAAACGUUUUUUUAUAUGAUCAAAUAAAUAGAAAGUAAACUAAUGCACAAUAUUCAUUCUUAUUAUAGGUGUUAUGUUUUUCAAUUAUUUCAUACAUGGAACAAAAAUAUAUAAUGCAACAUUUAGUGUUUGUCCCAUGUUUCAUCAGCUGAAAUAAAAGAUCCCAGAAAUGUUCCAUUCACCCAAAAAGCUUAUU